AUGUUACGUCUAAUAAAUCCUAAGGCGCUAAAAGCCGCCAUUGGUAUCCAGAGACAAUGGGUUGCAUGCAUAAGUCAAUCAGCCGCAGUUGGACAGCAAUCACAAAGCGAGGAAUCUGUUUCAUCAUCGGAACAAUUUAGACAAAAACGCAUUAAGUUAAAUAUUAAAUCCGACAAUGUGGAGGGACGUCCAUUGUACUUGGAUGCACAAGCCACAACACCUUUGGAUUUCCGUGUAUUGGAUGCCAUGUUGCCCUAUCUAACAAACUAUUAUGGUAAUCCACAUUCUCGCACCCAUGCCUAUGGUUGGGAAACCGAACAGGCUGUAGAAAAAGCCCGUGAACAAGUUGCGGCAAUUAUUGGUGCUGAACCCAAGGAAAUUAUUUUUACAUCUGGUGCCACCGAAUCGAAUAAUAUUGCUGUAAAGGGUGUUGCAAGAUUCUAUGGUGCAAAGAAGAAGCAUGUCAUCACAACACAAACCGAACAUAAAUGCGUUUUAGAUUCUUGUCGCGCCCUGGAAAAUGAAGGCUUUCGUGUAACAUAUUUACCGGUACAGUCAAAUGGUAUCAUCGAUAUGAAACAAUUGGAGGAGGCCAUAACACCAGAAACCUCAUUGGUAUCCAUAAUGACAGUUAACAAUGAAAUCGGUGUAAAACAACCCAUUGCUGACAUUGGCGCCCUAUGCCGUUCCAAAAAAGUCUUCUUCCAUACGGAUGCCGCUCAAGCUGUUGGCAAAAUUCCACUCAACGUUAAUUCCAUGAAUAUUGAUCUAAUGUCAAUAUCUGGCCACAAAAUCUAUGGUCCUAAAGGUGUCGGUGCCCUAUAUGUGCGUCGUCGUCCACGCGUCCGUUUAGAACCCAUUCAAAGUGGUGGUGGCCAGGAAAGAGGUCUACGUAGUGGUACCGUACCCGCACCCCUCGUUGUUGGCUUGGGCGCAGCCGCUGAAUUGGCACAAAAAGAAAUGGAAUACGAUACAAAAUGGAUUAAUUUCCUAUCGAAACGUCUCUUGGAUCGUAUAACAUCGGCCCUGCCACAUGUUAUACGUAAUGGAGAUCCCGAACAAACAUAUAAUGGCUGUCUUAAUCUCUCAUUUGCAUAUGUGGAGGGUGAAUCGCUAUUGAUGGCCCUUAAAGAUGUGGCCUUGUCAUCGGGUUCGGCAUGUACGUCGGCAUCAUUGGAACCAUCGUAUGUGUUGAGAGCUAUCGGUACAGAGGAGGAUUUGGCACACAGUUCAAUAAGAUUUGGUAUUGGCCGUUUCACAACCAUCGAAGAGGUUGACUAUACAGCUGCUAAGUGUAUACAACAUGUUGAAAGAUUGCGUGAAAUGUCACCAUUAUGGGAAAUGGUACAAGAGGGUAUUGAUUUGAAAAAUAUCCAAUGGUCACAGCACUAAUUUGUUU